AUUACAACAGGAACCCUUUAAAAAAACAGGAAACAGUUCAGAAAGUGUCAGAGAUUAAUGGAGAAUCCACCGUGAGGAUCACCUUCAUCAUCACCUUCAUCAGCUACUCAGGGCAGACUAACAGUGAACGAGGAGAACAGAGAGAGCUGAGGGACCGAGACGCUGAAACACAGACUGCUGCAGGUGGAAAGACAAGAAAAUCAAAGUGAAACUUCACUCAGAGACUAAAUGGCUUCCAGAUUAGAGGAGGAUCUCUGCUGUCCGGUCUGUCAGGACAUCUUUAAGGAUCCGGUUGUUCUGUCAUGUAGCCACAGCUUCUGUAAGGAGUGUCUGAAGAACUGGUGGAGAGAGAAAGCAGCACAAGAGUGUCCAGUUUGUAAGAGAAGAUCUUCUAAGGAAAAUCCACCUGUAAGUCUGGCUCUGAAGAACCUGUGUGAGACCUUCCUACAGCAGAGAGACCAGAGAGCUUCAGAGGAUCUCUGCAGUCUGCACUCUGAGAAACUCAAACUCUUCUGCCUGGACCAUCAGCAGCCAGUGUGUCACAUCUGCAGAGAUUCAGAGAAACACACCAACCACAGAUUCAGACCCAUUGAUGAAGCUGCUCAGCAACACAAGAAGAACCUUCAGGAAACUCUGGAACCUUUAAAGAAGAACCUGGAGCUCAGGAAGAAAGUUCUAGAGGAGUUUGAUCAGACAGCAGAACACAUGAAGGUCCAGGCCCGACACACAGAGAGGCUGAUUAAGGAGCAGUUUAAGAAGCUUCAUCAGUUUCUAGCAGAGGAAGAGGAGGCCAGGCUGGCUGCACUGAGGGAGGAAGAGGAGCAGAAGAGUGGGAUGAUGAAGGAGAAGAUGGAGGCUCUGAGCAGAGAGAUAGCAGCUCUUUCAGACACAGUCAGAGCCACAGAGGAGGAGCUGAGAGCUGAAGACGUCUCAUUCCUGCACAACUACAAGGCUGCAGUGGAAAGAGUCCAGCGCUGCCCCCUGCUGGAGGAUCCACAGCUGCCCUCAGGAGCUCUGAUAGACCAGGCCAAACAUCUGGGCAACCUGGCCUUCAACAUCUGGAGCAACAUGGAGAACAUGGUCUCCUACAUUCCUCUCAUCCUGGACCCAAACACCGCUCAUCCACAACUCAUCCUGUCUGAAGAUCUGACCAGUUUGACUUUAGGAAAGAAACAGCAGCUUCCUGAUAAUCCAGAGAGGUUUGGGUCACGGUGGUCUGUCCUGAGUUCUGAGGGCUUCAACUCAGGGAACCACAGCUGGGAUGUUGAUGUUGGAGACAGUGAAGCCUGGGAGCUUGGUGUGUUUCCAGAGUCUGUCCAGAGGAAGGGACUCAUAUACUCUGGAAGGUUGAUUCUAGAGUUCUAUGGAGGUAAAUACUCAGCAGGGUCUCCUUCAUCUCCUCCCAUGGUUCUCUCAGUCCAGAAGAAGCUCCAGAGGAUCAGAGUGAAUCUGGACUGGGACAGAGGAAAGCUGUCCUUCUCUGAUCUGGACACUAACUCACACAUACACACCUUCACACGCACCUUCACUGACAAGAUGUUUCCAUACUUCUUCAUUGUGGAUAAUGUAAAAAUGCUACCGAUGAAGAUCUCAGUGAGCAAACAGCAGCUCUGAUGUUCUCAGCAUGAAGAACACAAAGUCCAGAUGAAACCUUGAUGAUCUGAUUGAAACUCUGGGAUUUUAAACAGAAUCUUGGAGCUUUUUAUUCUGAAUUACUUUGAAUUUAAACUUAGUUCUUGGGUUACUUUAUAUUUUGGGUUAUUAAUCAGAUUUAUUUGUAGGUUAAUUAUUAUUGAAAUGUUUAGUAAAAACCACUGGAUUAAGUUCCUUAAUAAAAUGGAAAUGAUUGGUGUAAAGCCAUGUCUUGUGUAAAUGAGCAAGUAGCUUUAUACUUUAGAAUAAUAUUCAAUAACAAAGAAAAUCUCUUUUAGCAUUUAAACAACCUAUUGAUGCACACUUGAUACGCAUCAGGUUCACCUUCUUGUUAUCUUGAUGCAUUUUCUCAACAUUUGGACUUUUUCCUCAAUAUUUCAACUUUAUUAUGUUAUAAAAAUAAAAACAACCACCAGUUAUUCCCUCUGAGUGAACCUGAAACUCCUUCAUGGCCAAUUUUAACUACAUUUUAACAAAUCAGACAAGACUAAACAAUCUAACAGCCCACAUAAAGAGAAGGUUCGGUUAGUUUUAAGGUAAAUUGAGCCAAAUCAGACGAGCUAACAGAGCUAAACUU